AUGAGACUGAUCAUCCUUCUGUGCCUGCUCGGCCUCUUGUCAAAGACGGAGGCCCAGCUACCCGUGGAUUGUAUUACUAGCAAUACAAACAGAGCUCCAGAAAACUCUGACAUCAAGGUUACCUGUGGCACUGAGUUCAUGGACCUGGCCAUCUACAUUUGCCCCAUUUACCAAGCUCUUUACAAUGAGUCUCUGAUGGCCCUCAAUAGUCAGCAUGACACACCUGAAUGUCAUGGCACUGCUGACUGGAGCGUUGACCCACCAGUCUUACGAUUCAAAUUCCCUUUAAACACAAGUGCUGUCUCGGCAUGCGGCAAUAACUUCAUGGUUACCACUCAAACAGGGACUGGAGAGUUCGCAGACUUCUCAAAUGUCCAGGUUGCUAAUAUUUCUGGAACGGUUACCUCUACAGACCCCGUUGAGGGCCCGAUCACCUAUCGUGAGCAGAUCCUGUACAUGUUCUCCUGCAUUUACCCCAUGCAGUAUCUCCUGAACAACACUGAACUGGCUGUAUCUGGAGUGAGUCUUGCCAUAAAUGAGAACAAUGGCAGCUUCGUCAGCACACUGAAUAUGGAGCUGUAUGAGAAUGAGCAGCACACAGACAUAAUGACCUUCCCACAAUCUGGGAUAAAGCUGAAGACCAAAAUUUAUGUUGCAGUUACAGCUACUAAUCUCACAGAUAGGUUCAAUGUGUUGCUGGAUAGAUGCUACGCAACAACAACACCAAUUCCCAAUUUUGUCACAUUCUAUGACCUCUUUGUAGGGUGUGACCGUGAUGAACAAACUCAGGUGACGCUCAAUGGGGUGUCGCAGACUGCAUACUUCUCCUUUGAGGCUUUUAGAUUUGUUGAGCACAAAAAUCAAACAGUUUCCACUUUCUACCUGCACUGUGUCACCAGACUCUGUGAGGUGUCCAGCUGUAGCGCAUUAUUGCCAGUCUGUACAAAUACUGGAAAAAGGAGAAAAAGAGAGGCUGAGGAUGUGUUAGGCAAUGCUACAGUCACCUCACACGUCAUUGUUGUUGGCAGGAAUACCAAUGGAGAUGCCCAAACUUUCUCUGUUCCUUACGGUACAUCAACUGAGAGCAACUACAGCAGCCCCGUGGUGGCUGUAAUUGUCUGCAUCGUCAUCCUAACUAUUCUCCUUGUUGCCAUGGCUGCCUACUUUGCGUUUUACAUCAAGAGAAAACCAAUCAUUCAGUAACAUCUCAUGACUAAAUGUGAAGUCUCUUCACCCAUCUUCAAGUGUAAUUAUUCAUCAUCUCCCAAAGGAUGGCCAUUAUGUGUGCAAGGAUAGUAAAUGACGUCACCAGAAAACCAUUCUAGAUAUAUUGCAAUACUACUAUUUAGCUUUUCCAUUUUCCAUACAUCAUUAUGUAGCCAUCUGUUCUAUAGGCUUACAAUUGUAUAACAAAUAUGAUUGAUAUAUUUUAUAAAUGUGGAGACGAGGGCACUUAAGCUGUAAAAUAUGUGUGCAUGAAGUGUUAUGUUGGUUGUUUGGUGAGUCAUAUUGCAGUAUUUAAUAUAUGGUGCAAUCUCUUGUAUUCACUUAGAAAUUGUGUACGUUUAAAACAUUUA